AUGACGGUUACGCCUCUCCGCCAGCCACCCAACCCCAGCACUUUAUCAUCAACAGCACAGCUGACAGUGCCCUCCACGCGGUUCCUCCUUGCCACCAACAACAGCAACGUUUCAGAAGCAGUGACCGGCACUUUAUACAUCAACCACGACUCACUGGUGUUCUACUCGGAUCAGCAGGAGACCAGCUUUGGGUUCUCCAUCGACUACCCCGCCGUUGUUAUCCACGCAGUGUCACACGAACCGCCCGCGCAUCUGUAUUGCCAGCUGGACGGACCGUUCCCGCAGACAAUCGCCAUUAACACAACAGCAGCAGCAGCAGCAACAACAGCUAGUAAAGAUGACACCAAUGAGGAUGAGGACGAGGAUGAGUUUGCGGAAAUCAAAUUCUUUCCCCAAAAUCCUCAAAUACUUGACGAUAUGUUCAAGGCAAUGUCCGAGUGUGCCGCCAUGAAUCCCGACCACGACCAAGAGGCCCUUUCCGACAAUGACAUUGAUGAUGGCCAUGGCUGCCAUAGGGAGCGCGAUAAUGAGGGGGAUGGGAGCGUGGAUGGUGUGCAGACCAUCGCAGCGUUUGAUCCCGCUGACUUUAUCACGUGCGAAGAUCAGUUGGACCAGUUGACCGCAAAGGGCAAAACCAUCCUCGCACACCUCGAGGCCCUCAUCGCAGCACCAGACACCACCAACAGCAGCAGCAGCUCAGCCGACCGCUUCACCGACGCCGACUAA